CGGGAGGCGCCCUCCUUGCCCGGCAGCGGUAAAGCCCCGGCCUCUCGAGGGCACCUCGAGACAGAGCCGCUGUUGUUCGCGGACUGCAGCCAGAACCGCCGGGUCGGGGAGGGCCUCCCCUGGAGCAGCCAAAUCCUGAUCAGUAGCUGAAGUCUGUAGCUAACUGGCGACUGAAGGGCAUGCUUUCUGCUCCGAUGUAAAUGAAGAAAUUGAAAGUGGUAUGAAAUGUAUUACCGGGAAACUUGCUGUUGUGAGCUACUUAACUGCUGUCGUGGCUUCGUAAGACUUAGCGAGCGCUGGACGUUUCCAUCUAAAGAAAGUCGCGGACUGUUGAGAAGAAUCCCAUUGGCUAGAGGUGGACCCAAAAUUCUUUGUUUUCAUACAAUAACAGCUUCAUCUCUUUGGCACCUUUUGUUCCUGUAGUGUAGUUUAUUAAAGUUUUGCAAAGGAAAUCUAAUUCAGCCCAUGAUAAGAAUGGAGUACCAGCCCCUACUGAGAGGGUCUAGCAUGCGCAGCAAGUAAUGGAGGUAUCCUGUCUAACUGGACCAAGAGGACAAAUGCACUUUGACUGUGGUGGCACUGGGUUCCAAAGCAGUAUGAAAGAUCCUGCUGAUUUCCAGAAGGGUUUCGUAUGAAUUUGUGAAUACCUCCUAUCAGAAGUAUUCUGUGUCAGACAAAAGUGCCAGAAAUCCCAUAUAAAUAGCUCUAUUAAAAUCUGCUUUAGAAGGAUUAACAGAAUAAAUAAGAUAAAUAAGUAACAUUUUCCAGUUACACCUGUGACUAAUGUAGGCCAGAAUACUAAGGAUACUUACAGCAGUCCAUCACAAGGUAGCUUACUGAGAAAGGCCACCUUAGAGAGGCAAAAAUGUUGCAUCUGUAGGGCCUGAGUACCCAUCAAAGGUAUUUUCACCCACUGGUUGUGAAAUAUGUAGUAUGCCAGAAAUAGAGGGAGAGUCCAGGAAGUUUGUUCAUCUGUGAAGUCUUUGUUUGCUGACUAAGAACAGGAGCCUCUGAGUACAGAUAUGUGUCAGUUCAAGAGUUUCUAAAGGCAAAUUUUAGUAUACCAAACAUGUACAAUGACCAUUUCAAAAUUUUGACAUGUGAAUACUGUAAGAAAGGAAGAAGAAAAUCAGAGUUGCAGAAGGGCAUACAUAGAAUGCUAUGCUUGUAUCAUCAUUUCUUUCUGCUGCAGCAUAUUCACAGGUUCUUAAAUGAAACUUGGAUUAGCCGUUAUCACAUGGAAUUAAGUCCAGAUUUGUUGACUUUUCUUUGGUCUGUCAUUGCUUCUAUAUUUUCACUUGGAGGUCUUUGUGGAGCCCUUAUUGGAGGCAGCAUGGCAAUUCGGCUAGGCAGGAAAGGAGCUCUUUUGAUGAAUAAUAUUAUUGCAGUACUGGCUGCCAUUUUAAUGGGGAUCAGUUUUCCUACUGGUUUGUUUGAGUUACUGAUUGUUGGAAGAUUUUUAAUUGGUAUAAAUUCAGGUAUUGGGAUCUGUGUGCAACCUCUGUAUAUUGGGGAGGUUGCCCCAAAACAUCUUAGAGGUGGCAUGGCCAUGGGUAGUUCCAUCUUUCUGACUGGGGGGAUUCUGACAGGACAAAUAAUUGGUUUGAGGGAAUUACUAGGUGGAGAAAUGUAUUGGCCUCUUUUGCUAUCCAGCAGCUCUUUUCCAGCAUUUGCCCAACUUUUAUUCCUGCCGUGGUUUCCUGAAAGUCCCAGAUAUCUUCUUAUUGACAGAGGUGAUGAGCUGAGCUGUGCCAAAGCUUUGAAGCGAUUUCAUGGCUCUUUGCAGUAUCAAAGGGAGAUGGAAGACAUACAGCAGGAAUGUUUUGCCUUGGAUGGGGAAAAACCCAGGAAGCCCUGGCAACUAUUCACUGAUCGUGGUGUGAGAUGGCAGCUCAUUACUGUGAUUGUCAUGACUAUGGGCCAGCAGCUCAGUGGGAUAAAUGCUAUUUAUUUCUAUGCAACUUACAUUUUUGAACAAGCUGGGAUCUCAGCAGAAAAAAUCCCAUAUGUGACACUUGGCACUGGAGCUUGUGAAUGUCUCACAGCCCUCACCUGUGGUUUACUGAUCGACUACGUGGGAAGAAGAUAUCUUAUCAUUGGCGGAUACCUCCUUAUGAUCUUUUGGAGCAUUGUUUUAACAUUCUCUCUGACUUACCAGGAACUGUACUCAUGGGUGCCUUAUGUGAGCAUGACAUCUAUAUUUGCCUUCAUACUGAGCUUUGGGUUGGGACCAGGUGGCAUAACAAAUACCCUGACAGCUGAAUUAUUUAUACAGUCUUCACGUCCUGCUGCUUACAUGAUAGGAGGGACUAUUAGUUGGAUUAGUUUCUUCACAAUUGGAAUGCUCUUUCCCUUUAUAGUGAAAGGACUGAAGCAGUAUUGCUUUCUGGUGUUCUUACUGGAGUGCUCCUUAGUUGCUGCUUUCAUCUUCCUCGUAAUUCCUGAGACAAAAAACAAGUCUUUUCUGGAAAUCAAAAAGGAAUUUCACAAGCUUAAUUUUGGAGGAAAAAACAAAGAAAAGGAAACAGAACUUUAUGAAAGAAGACAACUCCAUGAUGAAUUUUAAAUCUGUGUUAUUCCACAGCUGUUAUAAAACUACUUCAAUGAGAACUAUGAAUGCUGUCCUCUAAAUUAGCGAUGAACAAGUAGUUUAUUACUUCCUCCUGUAUAUUUAGAGGAGGCUUAAUUAAAAGGUGAGUUAAUCUUUCUGAAAUGCUGUUAAGACAGAUACUGAUGAAGUGCUAUUAAAACAUCAUAUAUGAAGACUCGAUGUUUAGUUACAACUUGAUGUUGUAAGAAAUGCUGGUGGAGGUUGAUAAAUUCCACUCCUCCUGCCUCCAGCAGACUUUGUCAGACAGGCAAUACAAAUCAGUAGCUGUUAUUUCUAAUAACCUCACUUCAAAUUCAAUUAUCGAGCAUAUGUUAAUGCUUUACUGAAUAAAGCAUACCUAGUCUUCUGAGGCAUUAAAUCCCAAACAUGAACUUCUGUGAAACUGGUAUUUGAAGAAUUCUAGUCAAUUUAUUAACUUGAGGUAUUUAGUUGCUGUUUUUCAUUUAAAUAACUUCUCUGAAAGAUUUAAGGAGAUUCCUCCUCCAGUUAUAUUGCUGUAACCGCAGAAAGACACAGGCAUUCUAUAUCAAAGAAGUAAAGGCAGGACAACACCUAUGUGAAUUUUUCUUGUAUUAUCUUAAGUAGUAAUGAUGUUUAUUCCAAAGGUUUGUUUUUUAAAGGGUAAUAAUAAAAGUUUCUGGCACUUGA